AUGGUUGAUUUUUUAACACGACAAUUCAAAAAACAAAAUUCUUAUGAACAAUUUAAUUAUGAUACAAAUAAGAAUUAUAAAAGUAAAUUAGAUCUUAUACGUUUAAGUGCUGUUGUUUGUGGAAUUGAAUUUUGUUAUGCAGCUGAAACAGCGUUUGUUUCACCUAUUUUACUUCAAAUAGGUUUACCAGUUAUGUUUAUGACUUGGACAUGGUGUUUAUCACCAUUAAUUGGUUUCUUUCUUGUACCAGCUCUUGGUUCACUUAGUGAUAAAUGUCAUACACGUUUUGGACGACGACGUCCAUUUAUAUUUCUUUAUUCAAUCGGUAUUUUACUAGGUCUUCUAUUAGUUGCAAACGGUCGUACUAUGGGUGAAUGGUUUGGUGAUAAAAAAAAUGAAGAUAUUUCUACUAAACAAUUAUAUAAUAGUAGUAAAAUUGAAAGUCAAAGAAUUCCUAAUUCAUUAUCAUCAUAUAAAUAUGGUACAACAUUAACUGUACUUGGUGUUCUUUUACUUGAUCUUGAUUGUGAUGCAUGUCAAAGUCCAAGUCGAGCUUAUUUACUUGAUGUUGCUAGUCCAAGUCAACAUGCAUCUGGUCUUACAACAUUUACAUUUAUGGCUGGUUUUGGUGGUUGUUUAGGAUAUUUUCUUGGUGGUAUACCAUGGGAACAUACAUUUUUUGCUAGUAUACUUGGUGAUCAUAUACAUGUUGUUUUUACAUUAGUUUGGAUUAUUUAUAUGAUUUGUAUGAUAUUAACAUUAACAGCAGAAAAAGAACCAACAGAAAUAACAAGUAUAGCAUCGAAUCUUGUUCGAUCAACAUCACAUCAAUAUAUUGUUGCUUCAGAAAAUAUUUAUAAUAAUGAUGAUGAAAUUAAAGAUAAUAUAGAAAUAUCAUAUUGUGAUUAUAUUCGAUCAAUUAUUUAUAUGCCAUCAGCAUUAAGAUGGCUUUGUUUAACAAAUUUUUUUUCUUGGAUGGCUUUAGUAUCCUAUUCAUUAUUUUUUACUGAUUUUGUUGGACAAGCUGUUUUUGGUGGAGAUCCAAAACUUGAAUAUAAUCAUCCAUUAAGAUUAUUAUAUAAUGAUGGUGUUCGAUUUGGUUCAUGGGGUAUGUCAAUUUAUUCAAUAUCCUGUUCGAUCUAUUCAUAUAAUAUUGAAUCAUUGAAUAAUUAUUUUGGUAUUAAACGUGUUUAUAUUGGAUCUCAAUUGAUAUACGCAAUUGGAAUGUUAUUAAUGGGAUAUGUAAAACAUCGUAUCGGUGUUAUUGUACUUUCAGCUGUAGCUGGUAUACUCUAUUCAACAUUAUUUACAAUUCCAUAUUUACUUAUUGCAAAAUAUCAUACAUUAAAUACAUUUAGUUGCGAUGGACAAGUACGUGGUAUUGGCACAGAUGUUGCUGUUAUUAGUAGUAUGGUAUUCUUAGCACAAUUAUGUUUAUCUUCUACAAUGGGAACAUUUAUUCAUUUAUCUGGCUCUACUGUUGUUAUAACUGUUGUUGCUAGUCUUCUUAGUAUAUGUAGUGCUAUUUCAGCAACACAAGUUUUAUAUAUAUAA